GUGGGGUGGUCUUUCCCACAAUUGGGAAGUGUCUGCCUGUGUCAGAGGCUGACCUGAUGCUCAGGCCUCUGACCUGCCCCCCUCCCCGCCCCCCAAUCUCAAGCAGGUCAGGGGCUGGGGAGCCCUGAAUUGAGCAGAAAGAAGAAGCGGGAAUGUGGGGCUGGGGUAGAGAAUCAACCAUGGAACCAACCCCCAGCGAGCAUUGCCUUGUGUUACCCUAGUCUGCGGGCACCCAAGGAUGCUGAACCCGAUGGUAGGCGGGCAGGAUGCCUUGGAGGGUGAGUGGCCAUGGCAAGUCAGCAUCCAGCGAAACGGAAGCCACUUCUGUGGGGGCAGCCUCAUCACAGAGCGGUGGGUCCUCACUGCAGCGCACUGCUUCUCCAACACCUCUGAAACAUCCCUGUACCGGGUCCUGCUGGGGGCACGGCAGCUGGUGAAGCCAGGCCCGCAUGCCAUGUAUGCCCGGGUGAAGCGGGUAGAGAGCAACCCCCUGUACCAGGGCAUGGCCUCCAGUGCCGAUGUGGCCCUGGUGGAACUGGAUACACCUGUGACCUUCACCAACUAUAUCCUCCCUGUGUGCCUGCCUGACCCCUCGGUCACUUUUGAGACGGGCACGAAAUGCUGGGUCACCGGCUGGGGCAGCCCCAGUGAACAAGACCGCCUGCCCAACCCUCGAAUCCUGCAGAAACUUGCUGUGCCCAUCAUUGACACACCCAAGUGCAACCUACUCUACAGCAAAGAUACUGACUCUGACUUCCAGCUGAAAACCAUCAAGGACGACAUGCUGUGUGCCGGCUUCGCUGAGGGCAAGAAAGAUGCCUGCAAGGGUGACUCAGGGGGCCCUCUGGUAUGCCUUGUGAACCAGUCAUGGCUUCAGGCUGGGGUGAUCAGCUGGGGUGAGGGCUGUGCCCGCCGGAACCGUCCAGGUGUCUACAUCCGGGUCACUUCCCACCAUAACUGGAUCCAUCAGAUUAUCCCAGAACUGCAGUUCCAGCAGGCCAGGUCAGGUGGCCAGAAGCGGGAACCCCGGGUCCAGCAGCCCCUUGAUCAGAAUUUUGCGCCCUGCCUGGCAGCCCACACCAUCCUCCUGGUCCUCACCGCCCUGCUCACCUGCCUCUGAGCCCCACUCAGGCAGGUGGGUGAGCACAGCCUCAGGGCCUACGUGUACAUUUGUAAAUAGCUCUGAUUCUCCCUUCUUUCAAAUGCCCAGUUAUUUUUAUUUAUGUUCACCCUCUAAUAAAAACCCGACCUCAGUGCCAGCUGCCUUGGUGUGGAUCCUGAGGGAGAGGGGAGUGGAGAGGCACCAGAUGGGGGUGGGGUACUGAGCUGUGAGUUGGGGACAGUGCUGAAUGGGGACAUGUGGAGGGUUGGAGCACAUGGAGGGUGAGGCUCACAGUGGGAAGAGAGCUGCGGCAGGCACACUGGAAGCUGGAUGUCACUGGAUUCCAGGGCCUCGGUGUCCCAUGACACCUGUCCCCAGAACUCAUAGGCGGCUUCCCUGCUCAUUGUCUUUGCUAAUGCAACUCUCACCAUGUUGCCAAGGGGCACCCGGACUGGGCCCUGGGGGCAGCGAUAGGCCCCCCACAAAAAGUGGGGGCCUGGCAGAGGGUCCUGGAAGAGGAGGGCUUUAUAUGGUAUGGAGGACUCACUGCCUUCUCUGAGCUGGUUUUUCUCCUAUAACCCAGGACGGCGCCCCCACCUGCCUCUUGGGGUGACUCAGUAGAUGGUGAAUGUACCAGAGGGUGCAGCAGGGCAAGGCAGUGAUGCGGAUCCUGCUGUGGGCUCCUGUGCCUGCCCGCCUCCUUCCUAGGCUCCAACCCCACCCAGGAAACUGCCUGGGGACAGCUCCACUGGCGCCCUGCAGACCCAGUGCCCCAGAAGGCUGGACCUCCCCAGAGCUUGGGGAUGCAAGGACCAUAGUGGCCUUAUCAAAUCCACACACUGCAUGGGCAGAGCUGUGACAGGUGUCACACAAAGGCAAGACCCAGGCCACUUGGGCUGUGAAGGCUGAGGCUCUGGCAACUCCCUGGGCUGGGAUCCCCUCUUUCCUCCUUCCACAGGGUUCAGGGUCCAGGUCAGACUUGGUGACUUUAAUGGUUUGUGCAAGAACCCUCUUGCCCCGCAAAAUUCAGAAAUGAGCCGGAAUCCUGCAUAGAGGCCCCACCCCAGGCCAGCUGCCCGGCUUGAUCCCAGCUCUGGGGCCCCACCCUCUCAGGCCUUGACCUGUCAUCAGCAACCACACACAAUCUCCCUAAACCCAUCCCUCCUUCCCAGUGUGCCCUGUUUCAGCCUGUCACCACCAGGAAUCCAGCAUAAACAGGUCUCUGGAGCUCAGGCCCCCAGUGUGUUCACAGCCCUGCUGUGAUGGUGCAGAUGCCCAUAGGGCAGCCUUAGCUUCACAGGCUGGCCACAGCAGACCUCUUCUGCAGCCAGGUGGUAAGCUCCCCAAGUGGGCCGAUUCUCAAAGGGUACCUGGGUUCACCUGCCAUGCUCAGCAAACACGGACUGGAUGAGACUCCUAGGAGGGCAGGGAUUCUUCUACUGCUGCCUGCACACAUCCAUGCCUCCACUCACAUGUUCAUACCCAUGCACACCUAUGCACAUAGAAACACACACAUAUGCAAGUGCAUGCACGCACCUGCUUGUGUACACACAGCCACAGCUUGCCUGCCCGAUGCCAGGAAGAAAGUAGGCCUGGAUAUUUAUGGAAUGAAUCAAUAAGCACUUAGCAAGCCCCUGCUAUGGACUGGCCUUGGGGACAGAGUGGGAACAAAUUCUGAAUUCCCUUCUGUGCUCCUUUGCCAGGUGCAUCCCUGACUCCAGAUAGGAAGGACCAGGAGGUGCAACUGGUAGAGGCUCACAGGGGCCCCACUUCCCAGCUGGCUGCUCUGUGGCCCUCCAGGGACUGACUGCGCUGUUUACCGCUCUCCUCUAGACCAGAGAUGGGUUCCAAGUCCCUCAGGGGGCAGCAGGUGAACCAAGGCUUAGGCAGCGGGGCUGGGUGUGGAACCAAGCUGCGGGUGUCCUGAGGGCAAGUUCUCUGUCAUCCUGGCUGGGAGCAGAGGCUGGCUUGGGUCCUGCAGCCUUAGAGAGAGGCCUGGGCAAACCCUCAACCUGGCUCUGGGGGUAUAAAAAGCCUCAGUUCCAUGGUGGUGGUGGGGAAGAGGUUAGGUGGUCCCUGGAGGGAGGCCUCUCUGCAGCCUCUGUGGGGAAGCCAGAACAAAACCUGACUGCUCGGAGAUGGCCAAGCACCAGACUCCACUAGGAGGACUAGCCAUCCUAUCUCUGCCUCCUCCUACCUGCUAUCCUUGCUUUCUGAGUGCCCUGGGGUCCGCUAUCAACCCCCCCGAUCCUCCUAUUGCAGGACAGGGGUCUGGUCAGGUUGAGAGGCUAACGGAGGAUCACAGACACCGCCGGGGCAGCCUAGCCCCCAGUGACACCCCACCCAGAUGGGCUGGGAAAGUGAGUCUGGGGUCCUGGGUGGGGGCCCUGAUGCAGCCACUGGGCUGCUGCAAGCUGCCCUGUCCCACACAUUCCCCUGCUCCAACACUGUCCCUGCCCAGACCCAGGGCAGAUGCUUAACCCAAUGGCUGUGGAGAGACAGGGCAAACACUCAUGCAGAGACCACGGGAUUAAAAGGGAAAGCAGAUUUAUUUCAUGCCAUUCACAGUUUGCAGCAGGCUUAGUGUUGUGAAAGUAGGUUAAGGAGAGACGUGCUCCCAGCUGUCACGGGUGCCCUCUCCCACCUGCGUGGGGAUGCAGCUCAGACACAAGUUUCCAAACCACCACCACACAGCACCUUAGAGCCAUCUGCCAGGUGGGUGGGAGGUUGGUACCAGGGCCCCGCCAGCUGCAGGAAAAAUACAGAGACUGAUGCCCCAAAGGUGGGUGGAGGGCAGUGGGCCCCCACCCACCUUGUAGCAAUCAUAACCUUGUAGCAAUCAGAAUAGCCUAUAGGUGAAGCAAGAGGAGGCAACCAGAACCCUUCCUGGGAGCCACAACCAAGCCUGAAAAUCCACACACAUGCCCACACGCCAUACACAUGCACGCAUAAGCAUGAUCAGCCCCAGGAAGGAAAACUGCUAGACCAGGACCCUAGACCCCUUCUGGCCUCAAGGAGCAGAGGUCAGUCAUGGCUCUGAUGUCACAGGACAGGCACUGAGCCCCAGGCCUGAUGUCACCACCCAGGGCUCAGGUGCUCAGAAGGCAUGGAGGAAGGAAAGGCAAAGAGGGCAUACAAAUCAAAGUUCCCAAACCAGAGACCCCCCUCCCAACCUGGGAACUAUGCACCAGUGUCCAGAUUUGGUUUGUCUUAGGAAAGUGUGGCUCACUCCAGGUG